CGCGAAAAGUGCCCAGAAACCAGAAGUAUCUGGUUCCAAAAAUAAGUAUAAAAAGGUGUAUGAGAUGAGAGUGAAAGCAGCAGAUAAAAAAUGGCAUUCCGAACCCUAGUUACCAAGAAGAGCGUGCGGUCAAGUUUUGGGCAGAUAAGGGCACUACAGACGACGGCGUUUACUCUACCGGACCUGGAUUACGACUAUGGUGCACUAGAGCCGGCAAUUAGUGGUGAGAUAAUGAAGCUGCAUCACCAGAAGCAUCACCAGACUUAUGUUACCAAUUACAACAAAGCUCUCGAACAGCUCGAUGCUGCUGUCUCUAAAUCUGAUUCUGCUAGUAUUGCUAAACUCCACUCCGCCCUCAUAUUUAACGGUGGAGGUCAUAUCAAUCAUUCGAUUUUCUGGAAAAAUCUUGCUCCAGCCACGAAAGGAGGUGGCGAGCCUCCUAAGGGGUCCUUUGGAGGUGCUAUAGACUCUCAGUUUGGUACAUUGGAGGCGUUAGUUCAGAAGAUGAAUGCCGAAGGCGCUGCUUUACAGGGUUCCGGAUGGGUGUGGCUUGGUUUGGACAAAGAACUGAAAAGGCUGGUAGUAGAGACCACUGCAAAUCAGGACCCGCUGGUUAGUAAUGGAGCUAAUUUGGUUCCCCUUCUUGGUAUUGAUGUAUGGGAACAUGCCUACUACUUGCAGUACAAAAAUGUUAGGCCAGAUUACCUGAAGAACAUAUGGAAAGUCAUCAACUGGAAAUUUGCUGGUGAAGUUUAUGAAAAAGAGUGUCCUUCAACUUGAUAGAAACCACAUCUCCGAGAGCUGUUGGGAUUUGGGAGGGAUGCAGCUGUUCUGUGAAGGUAUUUAGUAAUAAAAUGCACUAGGAUGGCUGUCAUUUGUGCUAAUAUGGGUGUUUCUUGUAUGUACAUCCCAAACUUUAAAUUUUGUUUCCCCUGCUGUCUUUGUGUUUAAGAAGAACUUUGUACUAUUGCAAGUCUUUCGACAGUCUGCUAUGAACUUUUGCGUCUGAAGUUUACUUGGGCCAUACUUGUUUUUAUGAGAUUAUAAGUGUUAGAUUUUUUUUUUCA